CGAAUUUAAAGCAUUAGUUUGACUUGUCACGUCAAAUAGGAGUGUUAGCAUAGAUCUUCCCCAUACAGGAUACAGGCGAAAAAUGUUCAAGUUUGUGGUUCUUAUGGCACUGCUGGGAUUCAGUUUGGCUGCGCCCCAGAAAUAUGAAGACGAACCAUAUGUGACCCGUCAAGCUAGUCAAGUUAAUCCUGAUGGAACAUAUGGGCACGAAUAUGAACUAAGCAACGGUGUAGCGGUUCAGGAGUCUGGAAUUGGUGGACAAUAUGCUACCGGAGGUUUCCAACACAUUUCACCAGAAGGCGAAACGAUUCAACUAGCUUAUACCGCUGAUGAGACUGGUUUCCAUCCACAAGGCACACAUCUGCCAACACCACCACCAAUUCCAGAAGAAAUCCUUCGAGCCAUUGAAUAUAUUCAAGAACAUCCAACACCCGAAGAACAAGCUGAUAGGGAAUAUAGAUUGCAACACAAUCAAUAAUAACCACAUAAAUUUAGAUGUGCUUAGUUAUAAUAUUGUUAAGAAUUUGUUAAGUUUGAAAGUUAUUGCUCGUAGUGUCAUAGUACAUUAAUCUAGUACAGAAAAAUAACUUAAAAUAAUUUACUACAAUCAAAGCAUAGUUUUAAGUAAAAAAGAAAUUAGAAAUAGA